GGCAAAAAGGCCUCUCUUUUUCAAACUAAAAAUUUCUUUGAAAAUAAAAAGCAUUUAAUUUGUGUUUCCCUUUACUACUGGAACGUUGAACUGCACGAUCUCACUGGAGCUGGCACUUCCUUCUUCAGUUCACCUCAAAUUUGAUGCAUUUACUGACCCGUUUCCCAUGUAUGCCAAUACAAACAUCUUUAUAGUGUUGUAAACAUCGCAAUGCUUUGUUCAUUCAUCUCGCCUUCUCAAGCUUGAAGGUUUAUUAAAUUCUGCUUUGAAAAUGAGAGUUCAGAAAGAAGGAGCAAAAGAUGAAGGUGGCUUUUUCCACAUGUUUGACUGGACCUCAAAAUCACGGAAGAAAUUAUUUUCAACCACGCCGGAGUCCUUGAAACAAAGAAGAAAAGUUGAUGGCAACUUGGCAACUAUGCUUCCCUAUCUGGUGGACGAAGAUGAUGAAAUUGGAAUAGGGGGAAGUAUUAGAGAUAGUGGUGAUCAUAGCUGUGCUACUUCUGUUAUAGAUUCUGAAGUAUGUGGAACAAGGGCCCCUGGUGUAGUUGCCAGGCUUAUGGGAUUGGAUUCAAUGCCGUUUUCUAGUUUUUCUGAUCCAUAUUCUACCCCAUAUUUUGACAGCCAAUGCAUUCAAGAUGUGCAGUACUGGAGGAAAAAUCUCAAUCAUCUUCAUGAUCAUCAGAUUCUAUAUUCUGGAAAGUUGGUUGAAAAAGCUGAGGGAACCUCUAGGAACUUCAUGGAGAAGCCUCUACAGACCCGUAGCAGGCCGAUUGAAAAGUUUCAAACAGAAGUAAUGCCUCCCAAAUCAGCUAAAUCUAUUCCCCUUACUCACCAUAAACUUUUGUCCCCAAUUAAGAAUCCUGGCUUUGUUCCAUCAAAUAAUGCUACAUACAUAAUGGAAGCUGCAGCAAGAAUUAUUGAACCUGGACGCCAAGCUGCUACAAAGGCUAAAGCACCUCUGGUAACAUCAUCAACAGUAUCAUUGAGGGUCAGAGACCUUAAAGAAAAAGAGGCUUCACAAAAGGGACAACUAAUUAGUUCAUCUUCAGAGACCUCUAGAGUUAGAGAUACAAAAGGAAAAAGAGAAACCUCUCUAAGAACUAGUAGGCUUUCUGAAACUUCUCAUAGGUUGUCUGAGUCUAAUGAUGCCAAAUAUCUAAACGGACAAUCUUUGAACAAAAGUUGGAACGGAGUUGUGGAUACACCUAUCAGAUCAUCUACUCAAGUAGAAGAAGAUUGUUAUUCAAAAAAUAAAGGGAAGUCUAUAUCACUUGCAAUCCAAGCAAAAGUGAAUGUUCAAAGAAGGGAAGGCUUGAGUUUUAGUAGUGGAAAAAGUUUAGUGGAGCAGAGAGAGCAAUGUGACACUAAAAACUCCCAGAAGCCUCUGAAGGCGAAUGUUCAAAAAGGUUUGCACAUGAAAUCCUCUGGUCAAGAUGCUUCUAGUGUUCUCAGGCAGAAUAAUCAGAAACAGAAUUGUCCAAUGGAUAAAGACAAACUACCAUCAAAGCCAUUGGUUUCCAAUUCACAAGGUAGAAAAGUUGUCACUGGGGAUUCUUCUAGUGGACGUCAUAGAAGCUCUAGUAAUAAAUCCGUAGCAAAAUCUAAAGCUGGGCCCAAAAAACCAUCAACGAGUGUUUCAGACAGUGAAAAGGAAGUCUUGUAUACUCGUACAAACAAUUUCCCAAGGAAGAAGAGGUCUACAGACAGGGACUGGAAUGAUAGGGUUGUUGAUAAUUUAUUCAUCGACAAAUCACAGAAGCCUGUUCAGUCUAAUGUAGUUAGUAAUAAAUGCCAUGGUGAGGCUGAAGAAGUAAAAAAGAAAGACAUGGAUGUAGUUUCCUUCACAUUUACCAUGCCCUUGACAAGAAGCAAUUCUGGUUUUGAGACACCUGGCCUAAAUUCCUUGGAUCAGCAUAUUAGAAGAGUGUUGGUUGAUACUGAAACUGAUAAUGCAGGGUCUCCUGUAGGAUACAGUGCAGUUGGUGGUGAUGCCUUGGGUAUUCUUUUGGAUCAGAAGUUGAGGGAGUUAACAUAUGGAAUUGGGGACUCUUGUGAUGACUCUCUCAAAGCAAGGUCACCCUACAGCACUGCACCAAAAGUUGCAGGGUCACCCACCCUUUAUUCAGUUAACCUCUUUCCAGGGUUGCAACAGAAGAAAGAUCAAGACAUAAUGUCGACAGAUAAAUUAUUCAGUAGCCGCACCUGUCUUCCAGAACUAUCAUCCCAGCAUAGGCUUCGGCUUGAUAAGAUGGAGGAGUGUGAGAUGAAUCCUAUGGAAGCAGGGUUAUUCAAUUCAGGACAGCCGAGUCCAAUAUCUGUUCUUGACCCUUCUUUUUCCACUGAAAGCUGUGAAUCUCCAUUCAGCGCAAAUGCUUCCAGUUCAGAAGACCAAAAAUGGAGGAAGCAAGUUGUGGGCUCAGGAAGUGGCUAUAGAGACUUGUUUGAUUCAGCAUCAGCUUGGACCAUGCUAAGGAAACAAUCAAGUACAUGUUCCCAAAUGAAGAUUGGACAAUCAAGCACAUGGGAGUUAGAGUAUGUAAAUGAUAUAUUGUGUAAUGUGGAGUUGAUGUACAUGGACUUUUCUCUUGGCAGAGCUCGUGAGAUCGUGAACCCUCAUCUGUUCAACCAGUUGGAAAAUCGAAGGGGAAGGUUUGAGAGUGAUAGUGGUGAGUGCAGAAUAAGAAGGAAAGUUAUAUUUGAUUGUGUGAGUGAGUGCUUAGACUUGAGAUGCAGGCGAUAUGUUGGUGGAGGUUACAAAAUGUGGGCAAAAGGGGUUGCAAUGGUGAGAAGAAAUGAAUGGUUGGCAAAGGAAGUGUGGAAGGAAAUUUCAAGUUGGAGAGAUAUGAGGGACUCAAUGGUGGAUGAACUGGUAGAUAGGGACAUGAGCAUCCAAUAUGGACAAUGGCUAGAUUUUGAGGUUGAUACUUUUCAACUUGGUGCAGUAAUUGAAGACCAAAUAUUUGAUUCUUUGGUUGAUGACUUCGUUGCAGAAAUCCUGCAACUGUAAAACCACACCUCAAUCAAUGGCUGUGUGAUUGAUUUUUAGCAUUUUACCAUUGAAUUAGAAUAGUUACUGUGUUGCAUAUAACUUGAACAAGAUGUCUCUGGUUUUAUAUUUAUUUAUGAGAGACAAUAGUGUUACAGUAUAAA